CGCCGUGGUGGCUCCCAUUCGAAGGCGACGGCGGUCGUCUGUGUCUCGGUCCUAAUCUCUCCCGAAUAAAAGCGAAAUAACUCCGACAGACAGGAAACUUUACACACUUUAACGUCAACGUCUCGCUUUUACAACUCGUUUUUCUCGGUCGAGCUUCGUGGCCCCGGGCUCUGGCAUGACGGGUGUGUGUGUGUGUCGAGAAUUUGAAUCAGCUCGCCGUUAGUUUGAAGAAAGAGAGAGAGAGAGAGAGAGAGAGAGGGAGCCAUUUUGUCCCGACUGUGUGGGAGAAAAGAAAGAGUGGAAAAGAGGAUUCACACGGGAGGAGAUCCUGUUUUUUUUUUGCUUUCUGUUCUCCUGUUGUAAAGAGAGGGGGGGAAGAAACAGUCGGGCUCGGGAGAUCUAACUUCACGCACACGUCUGCGGGGCUCGGCGGUGUUUUAGCCAACUAGCUCUCCAAAAGCUAAUCAACAAAUCCCAGAUUGUUCACAGUGAGAAGAGAAACGGGGGCAGUUGGUCCGGUUGGCUACGGAGCUGGCUCUAGACCUUCACACAGGACUGCUUUAGGCGUAUCUUGCUUUGUGUGUGUGUGUUUUUUUUAUUUUUUGUUUUUGUUAUUUUAUUUUGGGGGUAUCUUCUGGGUGAUCGCAAGCUGUUUUUCAAUGGCGAAGAAGACGUACGACUUGCUGUUCAAGCUGCUUCUGAUCGGGGACUCGGGCGUGGGGAAGACCUGUGUGCUGUUCCGCUUCUCUGACGACGCCUUCAACACAACCUUCAUCUCCACUAUAGGAAUAGACUUCAAGAUCAAAACAGUUGAAUUACAAGGAAAGAAGAUCAAACUACAGAUCUGGGACACAGCGGGCCAGGAACGGUUCCACACCAUCACCACCUCCUACUACAGAGGAGCCAUGGGCAUCAUGCUGGUCUACGACAUCACCAAUGCCAAGAGCUUCGAAAACAUCAGCAAAUGGCUGCGCAACAUUGACGAGCAUGCAAAUGAGGACGUCGAAAGGAUGCUGCUAGGCAACAAGUGUGACAUGGAGGACAAGAGGGUCGUACCAAAAGCCAAGGGGGAGCAGAUUGCGAGGGAGCACGGCAUUAGGUUUUUUGAGACGAGUGCUAAAGCCAACAUCAACAUCGAGAAGGCUUUCCUCACGUUAGCAGAAGACAUCCUGAGAAAGACGCCUGUAAAAGAGCCCAACAGUGAAAACGUCGACAUCAGCAGUGGAAGUGGAGUCACAGGCUGGAAGAGCAAGUGCUGCAGUUGAACAACUCCUCUUGUUUCACUCACACUAACGCACACAGACACACACAGACACAGACACACACACACACACACAGACACACACACACAGACACACACACACACACACACAUAUUCUCUCUCUCUCUAAAUGCUAACUCUAACUCUCUCGCUCUCUAACCUGUCUCAUGAGUUUUCUUGCACACUGACACUCUCUGUCUGUCUCUUUAUCAGAGUAAAACAAUAAACCACUUCACGUGUCUAAUCCCCUCCUCCUACCCCCCACCCCACCCCACCAUAUUCUUCCACUCUCCAUCUGAUGAUCAUUUUUAUUUCUGAUAAAAAGAGAAAUCCAGUCACGUUUCUUGUCAUUUGUUUUAAAAGUUGUAAAAAAGAUUAAAAAAAAUGUGAAAAGACAAGCUCAUAUUUUUAAUAUUUCCUUUGCCUGAGCUCACCUGGUUGGACACCCUCACCUACCCUUAACUUCCCCCUUUCCCCCCUUUCCCCACUCACCCACAGCACUCACCUUCAGUCAGAGGAAAUCAAAAUAAAAGAGAAAAUCAAACAAAAAAUGACAAAUGUAGGAUUAACAUUUUGUACACUUAGUGGGGUUUCUGUUGUCUAACCGUAUUUGGUCAUUUACAAUUUGUUACCAAGUGACAGAGGCGUGGCUAGCUCCUUUUGUAUGUGGGGUUUAUUUUGUCCUGUGCCUUAUAUGGAAGACAGGGGCGGGGCUGUGUGGUGGGCGGAGCCACAUCCACCCAAUGAAAUUACAGUUUAAUAUUCUGUUGGUUCAGGCUGUCUUCACGAGGAAGCCGAACUUGAAGCAGACACGUUUGAAUUUCUCCUCCAGCCAAGAGAACGGCAUUAUACAGUAUGUCCUGUUUAUUGAUGUUUUGUUUUUAUCUGUAUGAUUUAUUUUACUUUUGUUUUAUUUCUUUUUCCCUAUUUGGGUUGAUUUUUUUUUUUUUUUUUUUGUUCCUGCAUGCAGAUUUCUUUGGGUUGGAAGCGUUUCUGUAACGUUGUGUAACGUUUGCCACUGGGUAACUGUGGGCGGGAGGUACAGAAGUUCUCUUUGGAAAUUCAAACAGUUUUGCAGAUCCAUUAAAAAUAAGCUUGUUUAAGUUAA